AGAGCUGCUGCUGCUGAGCAGCUGACAGGAGGGAGGAGAUCAGCCCGGGCUCUGAAGGGGUUGGUGUGUCAGGUUUCCACGCAGAGCACGUGUGGAUAAUGUGAGCAGCAAACGCUGCUGCCCUCUCCGGCUGGUGCAGGGCGAGCGGGGAGCAUGGGGCAGGUGGCUUGGAAGGGUUUAUUUCUGUCCCUUUUUGAUUAUAAAACGGAGAAAUACGUCAUUGCCAAGAACAAGAAGGUGGGGAUUCUCUAUCGAGUGGUGCAGCUCUCCAUCCUGGCAUACCUGGUGGGGUGGGUGUUUAUUGUCAAGAAAGGCUAUCAGGACACAGACACAUCCCUCCAGAGCUCUGUCAUCACCAAGCUGAAGGGGGUGGCCUUCACCAACACCUCGGAGCUGGGGGAAAGGCUGUGGGAUGUUGCAGACUACGUCAUCCCUCCCCAGGGUGAAAAUGUCUUCUUUGUCAUGACAAAUCUGAUUGUGACCCCAAACCAGAGGCAAGCCACGUGUCCUGAGAGUUCCAGCAUCCCUGAUGCACUGUGUUACCAGGACCAGGACUGCCCAGCAGGAGAAGCAGUGGUGGCUGGCAAUGGGGUUAGGACUGGUCGUUGUGUCAAAGACAGGGACAGCAUCAGAGGGACUUGUGAGAUCCUGGCCUGGUGCCCAGUGGAGAAAAGAUCCAAGCCCAAGAAACCACUUCUUGCCAAUGCAGAGAACUUCACUGUUUACAUCAAGAACUCAGUUCGUUUCCCCAAGUUUAAGUUCUCCAAGGUGAAUGUGCUGCCAACUGACAACAAGUCCUACCUGAAGAGCUGCCGCUACAGCACGGAGCAUCCCUACUGCCCCAUCUUUGUCCUGGGGAACAUCGUCCGGUGGGCUGGGAGUGACUUCCAGGAGAUGGCCCUAGAGGGUGGUGUGAUAGGAAUUCAGAUUGAAUGGAACUGUGAUCUUGAUAAAGCCCCUUCUGAAUGUAAUCCUCACUAUUCUUUUAGCCGGCUGGAUAACAAGUUUGUAGAAAAGACCAUUUCUUCUGGGUACAACUUCAGGUUUGCCAAAUAUUACCAGGAUGCUGAGGGGGUCGACUACCGGACGCUGAUUAAAGCGUAUGGGAUCCGCUUUGAUGUGAUGGUGAAUGGCAAGGCAGGGAAAUUUAACAUCAUUCCCACCAUUAUCAAUGUUGGUUCGGGACUUGCUCUGAUGGGAGCGGGAGCUUUCUUUUGUGACCUGGUGCUGCUGUAUCUGAUUAAAAAGAGUAACUUUUAUCGAGGAAAAAAGUACGAGGAAGUAAAGUCAAGUUCCAGGAAAUCGUUAUCUAGCCCCACACUGAACGGGAAUCAGAGCCCUGACCAGCUGGGUGGGCUCUAGGCCCAGUGCUGGGUCUGCCAACUGGACUCCUGCUCCAAGAAAACCACCCAGGUGUGAAACCACACCCAGACUGAGAGGUGGAGAUACCCCAGAUCAGAUCUAUUGUCUAUUACCAGGAUUUCCAGAGGAAAACAAGUCCUUUAAAGAACACCCUUCUUCCCCUGAGAUGUUCUCUGGUAUCCUGAGCUCGCAGCAGCGUGUCACCACCAUGGAUUUAGAAAAGGGUUUUAUUUAUAACAGGAACAAGAAGGCACCAAAUGAAUGGGUUUUUUUCUACCUACUGUUAGAUAGAUCUGUCCCUGUGCCAGUAGCCAGUGUUACCCUGUGGCUGUGCUUUGCUUCCCUGUGCCAAAGAGCCAGGAGUUGGACCAGCACCAGCACCCUGAGGAGGGCUGAGCCUGGGAUUCCUCCUGUCUCCUGCCCCACAGCUCUGGUUUGUGUCACCAAGCAGCAGGACUGCUUGUGUCAGCAAGUGCAAUGAAAUGCAGCACCUCAGCAGCUCUGGGAGCCUGGGGAAAAGGGACAGUUGUCCUGCAAGGACAGGAAGGUGUCAGCACAGGGGCAGUUACUGCCAGGUGUGCAUUAGGGCUGGGAAUGGUGCUUCUCCAGGAAAGCCCUUCCAGCAGGUGCAGCAAGGAGCUCUGUGUGCCUGAGGAAGAGCAGGAGAAGGUCCUGGUGCAGCUGGGAAUCACCUGCCACCCACCACCUCCACGUGUGGUUGGCCAGGAGAACCAAAAUUGCAGAGUACAGGUAACCAGCCAGAGGAGGGGGAUGAAGCAGGGACAGAGGGUUCUGUGGUUGGUAGUGAGGAGUUUGUGUGCUGGAAAGCCUGAUGGGACUGGUGAUGGGUUUGGGUUCUCCCUCCUUAGUUCAGGUUUGAUGUGGUCAGGAUUGUCCUUUCUGCAUCACUCACCAAGUGCUGGGGUGGGGAGAGGCCUGGGUGGGGGUGUUACUGCUGCUGCCAUUUGGGGCUGCCCUGAACUGCAGUGCAGGGAGUGCUGCAGGGUGGAACCAGCUCUGCCAGGUUCUUCCCAACACACCAAGGGGAGGGAUGUGUGGAAGACAAAUAUUCCAACACUCCAGUAACUUCCAAGAACUACUGGGGCUGCCUUUGUUUCUCGGGGAAGAAAUGUCUCAUUUCAGCCCAUUUUGUGACUUUAUGCUGACGUGGGGUGCAGCUCAUCUCAGCAAAGUGCUUAUGGAGGAUCAGUGCUUGCAGUCUGUGCUUGCUGGAGCUGAGGAGGGGAAUGAAUAUUCCUGCCCCACUUACAGCUUCCACACUCUGGCUCUCUGCAAACUGCUCAGUGGUCUCUAAAUGCUGCCUGGGGGAGUCAUCAUGGCACAGAUUGUUUCUGUGCACCCUUGGAAUACCAAGAUGUGAAGGGCUCCAGCUUGCUCUGUGCUGUUAGGAGGGGUGCACAGAGCUGCUGGGAUUGGGUGCUCAGCUGCUUCCACUUCUGUAGGGUGGGAAAUCUCUGGGGUCUUUGAGUCUGAACCAAACCUCACCUCUGUCAGCAGGGACAAACUCUGAAUCCAGGCACUGACAGCAAACCCCACCUAGCCCAGCCCACUCUCUCUGCUUCUGUUCAGAUGCAAGUAGUUAAGUCACAAAUGUAGGUAGAAAAUAGGAUUAAACAGCAGACUUAAAAUAAUUUAGGACAAGCUGUGUGCUUCUGAUGCUUUAACUGCAACCAAAGUCUCCUCUCUUCGUGCCAGAAUUUUGACCUUGACAAAACAAUACCCUCCUUAGAUGACCAAAGCUAUUUCCUGAAUUUAACUCUUCAGGCCCCCAAAAGUCCCUUCUUUAUACUCUGUUUAACACAAUCCCCACAGCUGUUGAUAAAACAGAACCAGAUUCCUUCUCAGAAGUUUUGUUUCUCUGAGUUUGCUUUUUUUUUUUUUCCUUGUAUUUAAUGUACAGCAAUAAAAUUUGUCACUUUA